AUGGCAACAACAAACUCGUUGAAUUUGAUUGAGACUGCUUUGACUACAUGCGAUAGUAUUGCGAUCUUAAAACAAUUUCUGUUGAAAACUCAAGGUUCAUGCAAGCAAGAAUUCGAGUCAUUAUCACAGAUAUUAGAAGAGAUUGACAAAAUAUUAAGAACAAAUCCCAAUUUUGAUUUCCAAGCCGAUUCGUCAUUUUGGAGUCCAUGGUUUUCUGUAUUGAAUCAAAUAUUUGAUCAAUUAGCAGAUCUCUUAACUGAAAAUAUCAAGAAGAAUGAAAAGUCUCUUAACAAAAAUUUACAUAGUCAAAUUCAAGUAUAUCGGCAACAACUCACUGCGCUCGUUGACAAUUACAAGGUCCAUUCACAAACUAAAAGACCAUUGGAUGAUCAACCAUUUAAACACAAAGCAUCAGACAUAUCAGAACAAACUGUUAACGAUGUGUAUCAAGAUAUUCAAGAAUCGAUAAGCAAACCUAAUACAGAUAUUAUAGUGAACUAUAUCCAGAGAAUUCAAGACCAACAUUCCUCCUUAUCUCCACUACCACCACCACCACCACCGUCACGACUACCGUCAAGAUCACCGCUGCCAUCAGCACCAUCAGGACAUUCGCCGCCGCCACCACCACUACCGGUACCAGCACCUAUAAUGCCACCACCAUCACCAACGCCAAGUCGAGGAUCUGUAGAAUUAGCACAUACGACUACUUGUUGCGCUUGUCUAUUUCGCCGUCCACAACAAAAUCAACAUCGUGUUUUAGUUUCUGUAACUGAUGGUUUACCAAAUUGUGGAAAUUCACAUCAAAUUCAACUUCAAAUAGUUCUUCACUAUAAUUCAUAUUAA